AGUCUUUUAUUAUAGCUACUCUUUUAAAUAUGUCGACAGUUAUACAACACUGUGAGUAUAGUUAACCUACUUCCAGAAAACCCUAACCUUCUCUUAUAUAUAAACCCUAACCUUCUCUUAUAUAUAGAGAUUGCAUAGUUAAACCACGUUCCCGGCAAUAACACACACUCUCAAUUUAUCAAUCUCUCACGGUACUAGUUUCAAAUAAUUGAAAUGGAAUUGUACAAGAAUAUCAAGGUUUUUGCCUUUUCUAUCUUGAUUUUUCUCGUAAUCCCAACCCUAAUUGCUGCAGAAUGUACAUGCGAUGAGGAAGAUGAAGAUAGAAACAAAUCCGAAGCUCUUCGUUAUAAGAUAGCAGCUUUAAUAUCGAUAAUGGUGGCAGGUGCAAUCGGUGUUUGUAUACCCCUUCUUAGCAAAGUUAUACCGGCGUUAAGUCCCGAGAAGGAUAUAUUUUUUGUCAUCAAAACCUUUGCUGCCGGUGUGAUAUUAUCUACCGCUUUCAUACAUGUGCUUCCAGAUGCUUUUGAAAAUCUUACUUCACCUUGUUUAAAGGAACAUCCUUGGGGUGAUUUUCCGUUCACCGGUUUUGUGGCUAUGUGCACGGCUAUGGGGACUCUUAUGGUGGAGACUUACGCCACUUCUUAUUUUCAAAACCAGAAUUCUAAGAAGACACCGAAACAAGUCGAGAAUCACGAGUCAUGCUCAGAUGUAGAGAAGCAUGCAGGUCAUGAAGGACAUGUGCAUGUUCAUACGCAUGCUUCACAUGGUCAUGCACACGGGCAGGUUUCUUCUUCGGAUCGAUCAUCAGAACUUCUUCGUCAUAGGAUUAUAUCACAGGUAUUGGAGUUGGGGAUUGUUGUUCACUCUCUUAUAAUAGGAAUUUCUCUUGGUACUUCGGAGAGUCCAAAGACCAUAAAGCCACUGGUAGCUGCCUUAACUUUUCAUCAAUUUUUUGAGGGCAUGGGACUUGGAAGUUGCAUAACUCAGGCAAAUUUCAAGAAUCUAUCUAUUACUGUCAUGGGAUUGUUCUUUGCUUUGACAACUCCAAUUGGAAUUGGAAUUGGCAUAGGGAUCAGUAGUGUUUAUGACGAGAACAGUCCAACAGCCCUUAUAGUUGAAGGAAUCUUCAAUGCAGCUUCAGCUGGAAUCUUGAUUUAUAUGGCACUUGUAGAUCUUCUUGCUGCUGAUUUUAUGAAUCCAAGGAUGCAAAAGAGUGGUACUCUUCGAUUAGGCUGUAAUAUAUCUCUUCUGUUAGGAGCUGGUGCCAUGUCUCUUAUAGCCAAAUGGGCUUAGGUGUUUUUAGAGUUUUUAGUUUAAUUUUUCUAUUAGGAAACAAUUUCUCUUUUUGUAAAAUUAUAUUCUGCUUCAUAGCACUGUUUUGGUGUCUUUAUAACAAAUUCUAUAACUUAGCUACACCAACUAAUGCAUGUGCGGCAGGCGGCUUCUGAACUAAAGAAGUAUUGAACAUUUGAGACAACAAAUUCAAACAAUCUAGAAUUACAUAAUAAAGUUCAACUUGCUUCA